AUGCCCAAAAGUUUAUUGUGUUUUAUGUACUUAGUUGUCACUUCUCUGAGUUGGCUUUCCAAUUGUGUUCGUAGGAUCCCAGAAAAUCAGAGUUCUGAAGUCACCUUCAUCCUCUUGGGCUUCUCAGAAUAUCCGGACCUCCAGGUGCCUUUGUUCCUCAUCUUCCUGAUCAUCUACACAAUCACAGUGGUAGGAAACUUGGGCAUGAUCGUCAUCAUCAGGAUGAACCCCAAACUCCACACCCCCAUGUACUUUUUCCUUAGCCACUUGUCCUUUGUUGAUUUCUGUUACUCUACUGCAGUGACACCCAAACUACUAGAAAACUUAUUUGUGAAAGACAGAACCAUCUCCUUCACAGGAUGUAUCAUGCAAUUCUCCUUUGCCUGCACAUUUGUGGAGACAGAAACAUUCAUGUUGGCAGUGAUGGCCUAUGACCGAUUCGUGGCUGUUUGCAACCCUCUGCUCUACACAGUUACCAUGUCUCAGAAGUUUUGUUCCUUGCUGGUGGGUGCAUCGUAUUUUUGGAGUACAGUCUGUUCCUUAACAUGCACAUCUUAUUUGUUGACUCUAACUUUCUCUGGAACUAAUUUUAUGAAUAAUUUUUUCUGUGAAUAUGCUACCAUUAUUGCUAUUUCCCGCUCUGACCCUUACCUCGGCCAGAUGAUCGCAUUUGUCCUUACACCAUUAAAUGAAAUAGGCACCUUGGUGAUCAUUCUUACUUCCUAUGUUUUCAUUUUUGUCACUGUCAUGAAAAUGCCUUCACGUGGAGGACGCUACAAAGCCUUCUCCACUUGUGCCUCCCAUUUAACCUCCAUCACUAUUUUCCACGGUACCAUCCUUUUUCUCUAUGGUGUUCCUAAUUCCACAAAUUCAUGGCUUUUGGUGAAGGUGGCCUCUCUCCUUUACACAGUGGUCAUCCCCAUGCUAAAUCCCCUGAUCUAUAGUCUCAGGAACAAAGUUGUAAAGGAAACAAUCCGGAAGUUAAUCCACACUAAAUUAUUAUGUUAUAAAUUAUAG